AUGUUGACUUUAUUAAUCUUGUCUAUAUCUUCUUAUGAGGAACUUGAAGAAGAAGAACCAACACUUCCAAGUGAGAAACCUGAAGACAAACAACUGCUUCUCUCUGAAGAACUUGAUAACAAUGAACUAAUAUUUCUCAAAUCUGAAACUAGUGAAUUAUUUCAAACAAAA